AUGUCGCCGGAAAAACUUUACAGAAUCCAAAAAGCAAAGUCUUACAGUAUCACACCAACACCAUAUAAAAAUGACAAUGCACCACAACCCAGGAAUCUGAUGUUCAGGAAAAUUGAGAAGCUCUUCCUUAGAGAAUUUGCAGACUUGGGAAGUUCACAGAGUAGAAGCCACCAUGCCACCAACAGGCAAGUUCCCUUGCUUCUCGUGACUGCUCCUGAGAUAAUGCUGGAAGAAGGUCCCUUAAACAGAGAAGGGGGUCCCUGGGUUUCUAGUUUAGAUACUGGGCUGAAGAGAGAAUCAGUACAAAGCCCCGAACAGCCCUGGAAACUCGGCCUGGCUCAGAAGCUGAUGGACCAGGCCUCGCGAGCCAUGAUCGAGAACUUCAGUGCCAAAUACGUAUCCCUGCACGUCAGGAAGAUCAGCGAAGUGGAGCCCAAGUACUACGCGGAUGGGGAAGACGCGUAUGCGAUGAAGCGGGACCUCACCCAGAUGGCGGACCAGCUGAGGCGGCACCUGGAGCUGAAGGAGAAGGGCAGGCAUGUGGUGCUGGGCUCCAUCGAGAACAAGGUGGAAAGCCGGGGCAACUCACUUCCAAGCUCGGGAGAAGCCUGUCGUGAGGAGAAGGGCCUCGCUGCUGAGGAUAGCGGUGGGGACAGCAAGGAUCUCAGCGAGGUCAGCGAGACCACAGAGAGCACCGACGUCAAGGACAGCUCAAUGGCCUCUGACUCCGCCUCCUAGAGCCUGCACUUUCUCCUCUCCCCACCCUGACCUGCCCGACCUGUCCUCGCCGCCCCUCGAGGUUUCACAAUAAACUUCACUCAGCGGCAAAAAAAAAAAAAAAAAAAAAAGAAAAGAAAA